ACUUGGCCAAAGACCAAAAUAAACCACUAUAUAUCUAGAAAACAGAGGAUGCUCUGUUUCAUCAUUCUCAAUCAAUAGCUAUGACUACUACUACUCUCCAACUCUCUUCUUCUCUUUUAAAGUCUUUCUUUCUAACGCUCUGUCUCUUAGUAAUCCCAUCUCUCUCAUCUGAUUCUGAUCCUUUGCAAGACUUCUGCGUUGGCGAUCUCAAAGGUUCUCCUUCCAUCAAUGGCUUUCCUUGCAAACCAGCCGUCUCCGCUUCUGACUUCUUCUACUCCGGGUUAAGUGGUCCUUUGAACACCACAAACGCUAACGGGAUAGCCGUGUCUCCCGCCAACGUCUUAACUUUUCCAGGUCUAAACACUUUAGGACUCUCGAUGAACAACGUUGAGUUCGCUCCAGGCGGUGUAAAUCCGCCUCACUCGCACCCUCGUGCAACCGAAGCUGGAGUUGUGAUCGAAGGAUCGGUUUUUGUGGGGUUCUUGACUACUAACAACACUCUGUUCUCGAAGGUAAUACAUGCGGGAGAGAUGUUCGUUGUCCCUAGAGGAUUGGUUCAUUUCCAAUGGAAUGUUGGUAAAGGGAAAGCGCGUUUGAUAACCGCUUUUAACAGUCAGCUUCCAGGAUCAGCUGUUCUGCCUAAUUCUCUCUUUGGCUCAAACCCUACGAUUCCAAAUGCGGUUUUGACCAAAACGUUUAGGACUGAUGAUGUUACUGUCAACAAACUCAAGUCCAAGUUUGCUGUUUGAUAUGUGUUUUGGUUUCUCAAAUGAUCUUUUUCAGUUCGAUUUUAUGGCAAUAACUACUUAUGUGUAACAAUUGGUAUGUAAAAUGCAAAAACAAAAACAAAAACAUUAAUAAGAUUCAUUUCUUUCUCUC